AUGCCUAGCUUAUAUUUCGUAGGGGAGAGCGGGGCUGAAAGUGCCGAUGUCAAUAAUGAUGAACUAAUAGAAGCAACGAGGAUAAAGCGAGAAGGAGUCCCGGAAAACAGGGACUUGACAGUUCUACUUGUGAACGACCAGAAAAGGAACGACUACGCGAGGGCCGGAAGGUACCACAGCGUCAAACCUCUCAUCGGCCUUCUGACAUCCACGGCAAGGACUUUCAUCCAAGAUGGCGUCACCACGGAAUUCGCAACGCAAAUCCUCGGCACCACCUUAGAUAACGGUCGCAUCUACGCCCAGCUCCUUACCAAAUCCUCUCUUGUACUCUACAACAAACCAUCCAAUGUAGACGACCCUGUUAUUGUUAAGCCAACUCGUAUACACUCCGAUUUUGACGGACAAUGGAACGUCAAGCAAGAUCUAGGCUUCAUUGACCCUGAAAAGUUCAUUCUCAAAAACACAGACUAUUUAGCGCCUAGCAGCAAAGCUGAUAUUGUAUAUGCCAGCAAACCGGCUCAAGACAAUGUCAAAUACUGGAGCCCUCCUACUUCACCGGAAAGUCAAGUUGAAAAUCAAAUAUUCGAAGAACCCACUGCCCGUAGAAUACAACCUGUGAAAGAAAUCCCGCGCUAUGUCCACAAUGAAGCCCUGAACUUCCUUGACGGUCCAAUCUUUGAUAAUGAAAAGAAAUUCGAUUUUAAUGUACAACCAUCUAUCUUAGAUAAUGUUAACACGUUACACAGACAGAGUAAAGCGUACGAGCCCGUUACUGAACCGAUUGCGACAGAGCCUAAUGUUAAGGAAGAACCUAUCGAAGAAGCGAACAUUGUUAAAGUGAAACCCGAUUACGAUUUACCUACUUUUACGAUUAAAAACGAAUUUUCACCUCUAUUUUAUUACAUUGACAAUGUUGAAUCUAAGAGUUCUUACCAGCAGCAAAAUCAACAGACUAAAACGCCUAAGAAGCUCUUUGGUCAAAAGGGUGAACCUAGGCCGAAGACGACUUUUACCUAUUCCGGUUUCGCUGAUUUUACGACCGUUGUUGGUGAUACUGUAAUUAUAUUUUCUCCCAAUACUGAAACUAGUCGCCCACAAGAUCCAAAUGAGGUUAAUGUUUUCCCAUCAGCUAAGCCGGUUGAUAAAUUAUCUAGUAAAAUUACUUUCCUUGCUGCUGAUAUCCCAGUUGCGACCUCGACAUUUAGUGCUCAUGAAAUUAAUACUGCUACGCAAAUCACGACUCCAGGCGUCCAAGAAAGCACUGAAAGUUCUCUUUACGACGACGAAGAAAGUUUAAAGAAAGUUCAAUAUGAAGUCGAUAAUGGCCCAGAUACAAUUAGUAUAAAACACGAAUCUGGAUUAGACUUCAAUAUGGAUGUAAUUCAACCAUCAGAAUCUGUUAUUACUACUACUGAAAGUACUCGUAUCACAGAUGAUUUAGGCGUUAUUCCUAUUCAAGAUUUUAGUUCCAAGCCUACAGAACCAUUACAGACACUCAAGCCUUCUGCCACUCUUAUUGAAUUACCCCAAGAGUCCGCCGUUACAGAAAGUGAUUUGAGCGAGAUGUUAACAAAUUCUGAGGAAGAAUCGGAAAAUACAGCUGCGGAAGUAACUGAAAAACCGGAGGAAGAAGAAGAAGAAGAACAGGAAGAAGAUGAAGAACACACGGAAUCAGGAGCUGAAGUUUUCACAACUACCGAGAGUGGUCACAGUGAUGAGUCCUUUGAGGAUAUAGAGACAACCACUGAAACAAAACACGAAUCUCACGAAGAAGUUGUGUGCACAGCUGGCUUAGAAACACAAUCGACCAUGACUACAGCCUAUAAAACGUUAACUUAUCUGACAACUUACUUUAUUCCUUUGGAAAGUUCAGUAACUACUACGUCAGUCAAAUCUGAUGUCGUUGUAGAGAGUGACGUAGGCUAUCUUACAAACAUUGUCUGUAAUACCAACGUAAAUAUCGAACCUACUGCUGUUGUGUCUAUAGAAGUAAAAUCAUCAGUCCACACCAGCUUGGAAGUUCCUGAAACAGUAUCGGAAGAGGCGGUAACAAAUGCACCAGAAGUAGUAACUGAAGAAGUACUAAAAACUACUCAAACAGAGCAAGAACCUACUACUCAGGAGCAAGAAGAAAACGAUCAAAGUCAAGCAAAUGAAAACAUUGCUACAAAAUCUGAUGAUGUCGUAGAAGAAAAAGAACCGACGACCACCACAACUACUACUACGACUACAGAAGCUCCAGUAACUAGUCAAAGCCACAUUGAAGUUUCUGUUAGCACAGAACAUUCAACAACACCUACAGAAAAGCCUGAAUCCGAAGAGGAAGAAGAAGAACCUUCGAACAAUGAAAAUGAAAUAGAUCUUAUUUAUAAAACACUAUACACUACCUACACAUACUUCACUACAUUCUUCGGAGAUCAAACUUCAAGUAUAGCGAGUCACAAAUCUGUCAUUACAAACAUUAUUACAUCUACUUUAGACUUGUCAAAACUUGACCCAUCUCUGCUUGGAGCUUUCGACGAAGAUGAGAUUGCACCAACUAGCGUUGGAAUUGGUCGUCCUACAGAGUCGUUUGCAAUCAACAGUAUUAUUGAUUUAGUUAAGAAUAAGGACGUCAUUGAAUCUGUUGAAAGUGACGACAUUUACUCCUCUCAAACACCAACUCCGUCAUUGGGUGAUGACGUUGUAGCCAGUAUCAAACCUGACGCUGUUAAAACUUAUUACACGACUUAUACCUUCUUCACAACGAUAUACGUAGGUACUGAUGCUAAUGUGUGUAGCAGAAGUGAAGUUUACACAAACUACGUUGGUCCUGAUGAAUUGAUACCUACUAAGAGUAACCCAUUGGCAGCCGAAAGCACUAGAGCUCAGUUUGACUUCAGAAACUGCAAACAAGUUAAGAGAGAUCCUCCAGCAAAUCCUGAAGAGAACUCGUCUGUUGAAACUAGUGUAAGCAUGGAAGAAGAUAAGGCUGAUUCUAUGGAAGUUAGCAAAGAAACUCCACAACCAAGCCCUAUUGAAGUUGACAUGUUGUUCAGUGUUGAAUCAAAUCCGCUUGAAUCUGAAAACUCUUAUGUAACUGAUGUCAAAUCUUCGUCAUCUAGGGGUGAAAGACAAUUCUUAGACAGUAACAAUAUUUUAGAAGAUCAAAUCAGUUCCGAGAGCAACAUCGAUGAAAUAAUGCCCUCACCUACACUUAUAUUACAAACAAGCUACACUACAUUCACAUACUUCACAACGAUGUACAUUGGUAAAGACUCUAGUAAAGUCAAGAGUCAUUUAGAGACGAUCACAAAUGUUGUAACGGGAACAAUCAUGCCUAAUAAUAAAAAAGAACCUGAAGAAGAAAGCAACUUGCCAAUUACUUACUAUACAACAUUCACUUACUGGACAACUCUCUACAAAGAUAAAUCUACUACCAUCACUAGUCGCGAAGAAAUUGUCUCAAAUGUAGUUCUACCUACAGUUCAGGUUGUGCCAACUGUUAGCCCCAUUGAUACAACUCCUAUUGAUAUUGACAGUGUGCUGCCGCCUAAAGAACUAGAAGUUGAAAUCAAACCAUCACUUGUUGAUGAUAACUUAGAGCAAGACGAUGGUAAAGCUACAUUCUACACAACAUACACAUACUUUACCACUUUCUACGCAGGCAACACGUCUGAAAUUAGGAGUAGCUUGGAAACUGUCACAAAUAUCGUUGACAAUACGAAGGUUGUCGAGGAUAACCAGUUAGGUCGUAAGGUACCUUCUGGUUCUGUAGAUAAGAAUCUCAUUCAAGACAAUGGUGACAAACCUAAGAUAGUCCCAACUGUGGUUAAGGAAGAAAUCAAGGCAACUCAGCUUCCUGAUAUUUCAGGGGCGUCUCCAACAGUACUUUUAGGCACGUAUAUUGACAAUUUAUUCGCGGAAGUUAAACCAGCGGAUAACGUUCCAACACCAGAACCUGAGAAAAAGAUAUUAUUCAGUCAAGUUGCUGUUAUUUCUGGUGAUUCAACAGUAGUUACUAGUGACAACAAAACUUUGAAUACUGAGGCCACUACUACACCAGCUUCAACAACCACGUCUUCCACUGAAGGUGCUAUUAUUAGCGCGAGCCCAGAUGUCAUCGAAAGUUCGGUGGGAGAGCCUGAAGUAACCACUGAAACGAAACCGGAAGUAGAAGAGGAAGAUUCACUAAAUACUAGGAAGAAGAGUCGGCUUUCUUUCACACCUAAGAAACCCACAUUCACUCCUGUAAUUAUACCAUUCGCUUCAAGAAACAGGCCAACAUUCAGUCCGAAGAGGGUGCCAUUGCAAAGUAGUGCGGCUACAAUCACUCGUUUAGACGUCACACCGACUAUUACUGCUACGCCCACAUUGAAAUCGGUUAGACCUAGUGGCUUCGGAGCUAAUAGAAAGCAAUCAGCUUCUCCUGGAUCGUCAAGUCCUGGACGUAGAUUCUCUGGUUCUCGUAGUAGCAUAAACUUAUCGUCAAACAUUCCUUCAGCUUCAAGAGCUGGUGGUUUCCCACGAGGAAGUAUAAGACCUACAUCGCAACGUUCAGGUUUCAGGUCGAGCUCACUUAGGAGCAACAGUUUGGACUACGCAAGCAGGUCAGCUGUUCCUAGAAUAAGACCUACUGCUUCAUCAAGGCUGAGGAAUAACAGGAAUUCAGCCACUAUUGCUUUUCCAUCACCUGAUCAGAAUGAGGGUGAAACUUUGGCAACUCAGCAAGAGGAAACUGCAACUGAACCUUUAGAGGAGGCAUCUGAGGCUCCAAUUAGGACCACCAAUAACCCACUGCUGAAGUUUAGAAGACCACCUUUGGUCAGGCAGCCUGGUACGGCCAUUACUCCUCGAUCAACAACCCCAUCUGCUAGAAGAAAUAAUAUUGUUCCACGUGGACGUAUCACAACGACCACCAAGAGAAGUACCACUCGUUCCACUUCAAAUCCUCUUCUCAAUCUACGUAGACAAAGACCUACCAACUCUCUUUUCCCAAGAAGAAACUUAUUCCAAAGACCUGAACCUGAACCAGAGGAAGAAAUCAAGGAAGACGAACAGAAGGUUGAAGAAAGUGAGGAAAUAUUAGAAGAAGAAGAAGAUUUCGAGGAAGAUAAUGAUUAUGAUUCUUCUGACAGGAAAGAACGGCAAGUCGCAACUCCAUCUACCUCUGCCCCGAUAAAAUCAAAUAUCGUUUCAAUAAGACCGUUUGCUUUCAGGCGAAGAUCAAAGCGUCAGGUUGAUUAUGGCAGCAGAAAGUAUACCAAUUUCAGAAGGCCUGGUACAGUGGCUAAACCUUCGGCUAACAGACGCACAGAACCCGAGCCAGAAACGGAACCACCGGCACCGGCGACACAGAAACCAAGACCUGGUAACAGAUUUAGCGGACGAGUUUCUAGUAACUCUAGGGCUACUACUGCGUCUGUUCCCAAAGCAUCAUCAAGACAGCCAUUUAUCAUUCGCGGAGAAAGUCGUUCGACAACCACUGCUAGCCCGGCUUACAGAAGAGGCAAGUCUUCGCGACCUUCUGCUAGGGCGACCACUUCUUCCUCUAGACCGAAAGCUCCUAGACUCACUGGUAGUAACAGGAACUCAAACUCUGAUAGAUCUAGGACCACUUCUUCAAGAACAACUGGUAGGUCACGUACACGUACUACCACUAGUAGAGCAAGCAGCAGACAAAGAAAUUCUUUCGAGAGCAACAGCGGAGAGAGAUUCAGCCACAACAACCCUCUUAACGACGGAAAAAUCACCAUCACACACCAGAUCCCAACUGAAGUUACGAUACCUUUUGUAAACGGAAAAAUCACAGAGUACAAAAACGUUUUAUCAGCCACUCCUAGUAUACAAAUUCUACCAAGAAAUCAAGUAUCUACUACGCUAGGUCCUUUGGGUAAUCAGCAGCUUGUGUUAGCUCAGGAAUCGACCGAAUUAGCUGAGAAUGGGGGCACUAGAUUGAUCAGGUACAUUUUGCACGAGACACCAACCACGACUGUUAUUUUCACACCGACUACAAUAAGGGGUAGGAAGACUUCUUACUCUCAUAUUCUGCCAAGUACUGUAUACAACGUCGAACCUGUAACCCAAACUGUUGCGCCUGAGAUCAACGCCAAUGUGCCGUUAGCAAACCUGCUACUAUCUCAGCUUCUAUUAGGAAACCAACAACCUGCGAUCAAUCCUCUCCUGGCCCUUCAAGGACAGGGUUUGUUACCGCAGCAACAAGUCGCCCAAACCCCUGUUACAGAGUACAAGACCAGAACAACAAGCUACGUUACCACCGUCACGGAUGCCAGGGAAACUGUCUUGCCAAUUACGUUUAAAGGCAAAGCUAUUUUGACUACGAUUGUUGAUCCGACAACUAGCGUAGUCACAGCAACCGAAUUUAUCACUGAUACAAUAGUAACCACUCCAACAGUAUUGGGGCAGGCUCAGCCUCAGUUGAAUUCUCUUCUAUUACCUUUACUUCUUCAGCAACAGCAGCAGCAGCAGGCUCUGACGUUGCAAACUCCAAAUCCCCUUCUUGGUUUGGGCGGUUUGGGAGCGCCAGAUUUGUCGUUACUCCAAAACAAUAAUAUUAACCUCAAUAAUGAUAUUUACAGUAACAGUCCAAAACCAAACAUUCAUUCUGACAUAGCUAGUAAUGAGGACUUCUCAGAGGAGAUUCAGGACAGUGGCGAGGAUCUCCCACCUCCGCCGCCUCCUCUUCGUUCGAGGAACAAGGCUAGAACCCCUAAACCUGCACCACCGGCCCCACCUUCCCCACCGAAGCACACUAGUGUUGUGACUCUUUACGUCUCUGGUAGACAUCCUGGAGAAUUCAGCACAGUAUUAUCCACUGUUGUGAGCGAAGAAACUCAGACUGUAAGGAAACGAGAGGCAAUUUAUUACGAAGAUGUCAAGGUAUUGCCCUCAAUUUUGCCAUCUCUUGACGAAGUUUACAGCUCCCUUGGUGUUAUCGAAAACUCUAUCAUUCCUAGUUCUAUAAAGUAUUUGGACAGUGCCAAUGAGAGUGAAGGGACCCAGAGCUUAGAGAGUAUAGUGGGGGAGAUUAGUAAACACAUUAAGUACGACGCUUCACCAACAUACGUCGUGGAAUUAUCCUCAACAAAACUAACGGACACAAGGCAAAGUUCUGUUGAUGGCGUCUCACUUGCGACUGUGACGAGUGACUUGACUGACUCGGACAAGGCACUCGAAGCUCCGAGCCCCCGGAUGGUUCCAAUCCACUCCUGCGCAUCCAAACACCUCCGAGCCUUCAACACAAACGCUAUAGUCUAUGAUAACACCCCAUGGAGACCAGGGAGGGACAUGCCGGUAGAUGAGAAGCCAAGUUCUGAAGAAGAUGAGCGGAGACUCAAGAACUUGGCAACGAAGGUCAUGUCCAAUGGAGUGGAAGUGCUGGUUAAGGAUAAAAACCCUGACGGGAAACUGGACCAGCGAAAACUUAAGCUCAUGCACCUUCCUUCACCAUCGUAUCACCACGUCAGUUCAUCAUCACCACCCAAACAGACAUUGCUAUCGUCUGCUGUAGCGACAGUUGUCAACCGACAACAAAUAAGCGCACUCUUCCCACUGCACCAGCUUAUGCAGCAUAACUAUAUCAUCAAGACUUGCAUGACCACAUACACGUAUCUGACCACCGUGGUCCAGAACAAAAGAAGUGCUAUAUCUACAUUCGAAACGAUAGUGUCUGUUGUAACCACAGAAUCUCUGACGAAUUUGUACGCAUCAGACAUUUUAGCUGAGCUUAAGCCAACAAAAACCAAAUACAUGGAGGUGAAAACAAUCCAUUCGUCGGUCCCCAGCAGUAUGUUCAUAAAUAACUUCCCUAAAAUCGAUAAAAGGAUAGAUAAUGAGGACCUUGACAACUUCGAUUUGAUACAACCCUCAGAGGUUGGUCAUGCUCCUUGCACGACUACCUCAUGCUCGUGCAGUCAUACCAAAACUGAAGGACUCAAAACUAAAUACACUCAGAUCGAUGCUUCAGCACCCUCAAAAUACGGACUCAAGACUUCGAAGUACGGAUCAACAAAGUUCGAUCUAAGACCCACUCAUAAAGAAACUUUGGACAAGAAAACCAAAUACGGUCCUUACGAAUACGAAAGCAAUCAGCAAGCGCCUACUGAUAAAAUUGUAGAGAAAUACACUGAAGUUAUUAAUGACUAUUCCGAUGAGAAAGAUACGAGCUCCGUUGAAGAAAGCGAGCUAUUAACAAAUGAGCAGGCACCAACUCCUCCGAAGAAUAAAGUGUCUAAUAACAAAAACCCAGAGAAAACUAAGCCUGAAAAACCACAAAAACCCAAUAAAAACAAAUUCGUUGUGGCAGAUCUUCUGAAACUUGGGAGCUUAGGAAUCAAAAGCCUGUCACAGUUAGCGCCUGUUAUCGAAAAAAUGACUGGUGGUUUCAUAAAGCGACAAGAAACUAACAAAACAACCUCUACCACAACAACCACUGUAAAACCAGCUGUAAAAUUAACCGCGUACAAUGUUAACAAACGAGUCGACACUGACGUUGAGAUGAAACCUAAUAACUUUCCCAUUUACAUUCCUGUUGAUGAACUAGAAACGUCUGAGUCGCAGAUGAUCUUCACAAAUGCUACUUUGCAUCAGAAUCUGGCGUGGGCGGCUGAACACAAGCAACCUAAAGCCCACAUAGUCCCACCUAAAAUAGUUCACGAAAGUCCACUUGUCAACGGCGGCAUACCUAUCAGUCCUGGUGAAAUAAUUACCGCCAACUCAGAUGUCAUAGUCGGAAAGCCAGCCGUGGGCGGGCCAUUAACCUUGGCCGCGAGUGGAAUCAAGUUGCAAAACCCGGUGAGCCCACCUAUCGACAGUUUUGUUGCUGGCAAUGAGGAGUACUUGAUCAGAGACAAAGCUCCAUACAACGAGCAGUCUUUAUUAGCCACUAAAGUCGACGACUCGUUUGAUCUAAGGCCACCGCAGUUACCGAAGGUAAAAUCCAAACCAAAUAGAAUGCCGAGACCGACUCAACCUCCACAUGUUCAUCAAAAUCUCUUGUCACCCAAUCAUGCACCUCACCGGAAUCCUUCAACAAAUGUACCGCAAAAUGACGUUUUGAUGAAAACAGAACACAUAAAAAAUACAAACACAAUUUUAGGUAAUCAUGGUCGGCCAGCUUUCCUAGAUUACAUUCCUUCUCUAGGAAAUCCUACACCUUCUUCAAUAAAACAUCACGUUGAUUUUUCAACUUUGAAUGAAGAUGAAGAGAUUCCAGAUAAUAACCCAAGUUCGUCUGAAAUCAUUAACACGAGAGUAAGAACUGAUGGCGAUUACGGCAUUAAUAGUAAUACUGAUUCAAGUAAGCCGUUCUUAGUUGACAUUCAGCCUUCACGAGUUGCCAACGUUUUGAUACCUCAUGGAAGUUCCACGGCCUUAGUAUUUGCUGGCUCAUCGGAACCACAUAAGACUGGAGAUUAUGUAGAUGAUCCAUUACCUUAUCCAGAGCCUGGAUACUUCGGCAGCUUCAGUAUAGACGCACCACAGAUGACAAACGUGCAUAAUGUGGCUCCAAGUAAUAACAAACAGUUUUUGCCAACGCCUGAAAUUCAAUCACCUAUGAAUUCCUACAAGCCUUCGUCACCGCAGUACAAAGAUCAGCCACCCAGAAAUGAUUUGAAAAUAAAAUGGAAAGAAACAAAACGCCCUUAUGAAUUUAAAAUUCCACCGCCUACUAGUAACCAAGAAACACACGUGCAAGUCGGUCCUCAAAUAACCGCGUAUAAUCCAGAUAUCUAUCGUCAUAAUGACGGAAACUUUGAGAAAUACAACCAUGUUAGGGGUGGCGAUAAACCAAAGAAUGGUAAAGAUGUUAUCGACAAAGAAUACGAGAACUACUUAGCUGUGCCACCGCCUCCACCUCCAAAGAUGCAUUUCAAUUCUGAAUCUAUGUACGAGAAAAAUAAACCUCAUCUGCAAAGGCCGGUUGUCCACACAAAACCGGUGCAAGAUAUGAAAGUAUUCUUGAACAUUCAACACCCUGUGCCUGUAACGCCCAAACAUGAACAGUUGCCUCCGAAAGUCACAUCUGAGAUCUAUUUCGCUUCACAGUCUCCUAAUAAUAAACCCUCUCCGACAUACACUAUCCAUAUUCCGCCAGCACAAGGCUCUCACUAUUCUGGAAAUUCUUAUGAUUCAUCAAAGAAUGUGCAAGUAAAUAAAAACCCGAAUCCUAGUCAUAAUUCAUUCUCAGUAUACCCAUCACCAAACGUCGCAAAUAAGUCAAUACUAACCAAUGAAAUACACGAUAAAGAUAAUACAUACACCGUCACUUUAAAUACUGCCACAAACGUCGCCAGCAAUGUAGGCGAUAGUGGCCAAGUAAUAGGCUCAAGUGUACCUGUUCCAGUUGGUGUUUCAACAAACGUUGGCCAAAUGAAUACCGAUAUCCCUAUUGGCACAAACUUCGCCAUUAGGGUGGAAGACGGUCCUUCACCUUUUGAAAGUUACGAUCUACAUGAAAACCCAAGCCCCGCAGUCAUUUACAAUGAACGUCCUCAUUCUCAUGUUGAAGUCACAGUUGGGGACAAUAGAUGGAAUAAAAGUACAACUCAUGAUACUGACUCAAAAUAUUACUCAACUGUACAGAAUAUUAAUGUGCAUAAGCCAGCGCCACCAAGAAAUCCUCCUAAGAAGAUUGAAAACCAGUCAAUACCACCUUCGUUGAACAGUCACGCUAAUUUCCCAAUGGUAAAUGAAUACACAACACCAAAUAGUGUAAAUGAGGAUGUUAAACCUGUGACGGAGUACAUAGAUGAUAUAAAAAUAAGUAGUCAACAAAGGCCAGCCAAAUUAAUUCCAAAUAUACCUACUAAUUCCCACGGUUGGUAUUCUAGUGGUCUAAUAAAUGAAAAUACUUUAAGUAACAUUAACAAUAUCAAAGUCGAAGCAACAACACGAAAAGUUAUACCAGUAUCACAAGAUUACAAUAAAGAUAGUAUUCCCGACUUUGGGCAGAAAAUUUCCAGUGUUGGUAAACCUCCUUCAGAAUUUUGGCCACAAAAUGGUGCACCAGCUCUGGUAAGCUUUAAUCUUGGGAAACCAUUCUCAAAACCUUUAACUGAAAGACCACAGUAUGUCGAUAUUCCUUCUAGAACAACAAAACCGUUCAGUAAUAAUAAUUAUAACCCAACUUACAUAUCAAACUUUGAUUCUGUAAGACAACCGGCUUAUGACAUACCAGUAAGAGAUAACAGUGACGAAACAACUACAACUAAGACUGUUAGAGUUUCAACUGAAAGACCAAAGCCAGUCUAUGAAAACUCAGAAGAAAUAUACGAUGGCGAGGAAGAGGCUGAAUCACAUAGCGAAGCUGACGGUGAAGUUAGUUUGGAAUCAAUGAAGAUACCUGUCGUUAGCUCUUCUAGUGAAAUAGAAAAUAAUGCAAAAUCAUCUACAGAAAUCACACUCCUUCAAGAUGAAGUACUUAAUUCCCAAAAAGAUAACUCAAACAAAAAUGUCGGAUUCGUACAGUUUAACCCUGGCACGCAAACUGAAAAACCUUUUGGAACAUUUAAUAAAUCGAAACCCUACCAAUCAAAUACUAUUAAACCAAUUUACGAAAAUCCUCACUAUCAAAGUCAAAAACCACGGCCGUUUACAAUCAACAGUGCUACAACAUUGGAUCACCAAUUGCAACAGCCUCACUGGCAGAUAAAUCAACUGAUGGAAAACUCUACGAAUAUGUCGUAUGAAGAAAAUCUUGAAUUGAAUUUAGGUGAAGAAUUAAGCACUGCAGCGUCUUCAACAAAACGACCACCUUCGACGCAGAGAAUUCCACCUUAUAGGCAUACACCACCUGAAUCAAAAUACAAACGACCACCAAGACCUAUUUUCUCAAGACCGAACAAUGUAUCAGCUGUAAAUGACACAAAUUCAAACAUAAUAACAUCUACCGUUCAUAUCAAAAACAAGAAACCUCUAAUAGUGGAAAAGGGUACUGAAAGGCCUCUAUCACCGACAUACACAAGUACUUCAGACUUUAAUAGGUCAUCCAGUGAAAUUAUUGACUUGUCUCCUCCUCCACCAACGAUGGAUUAUAACUUUAAGCCAUCGACCAAUGAUGAGAUGAUAAUGGGUAUGAGUCCACCGCCGCCUAUGACUCCACCAGCCAUAAGACCUCCUACCAGAGCUCCAGUUACUCCCCGUCCUAUCCCUGUCAGAACACCUCCACAAUACAGACCGACAAAGCCUCCACGAACAAUGCCUCCUAGAAUACCAAUGACACAAAGACCAUUAAGAAAACCCAUCAACAGAGAUGAAGUAUCUACGUACCGACCCAGCUAUGACAUUUUGAAAAAUAUGCAUCGACCAUCUAUUAUUCGUGAUCAACCUUCUUCUCAACUACUUCCUCCUCCACGCGAAAUACCUUCCAGAGUUGUCAACACUGUAAAUGAAAUCCCUGUACCUACAGCUAGUCUAGCUUCAGUGCCAAACCUAGUUUUCCCAACGCCGAUAUCAUCUGGUUGGCUAACAUCAUCUGGAAUUGAUUUCUCGUCUAGUUUCAACUUUGGUCCUACUCCGAUUCAGUUCCCUGAAGUUAUCGAACCAUCUAGAGCUCCUGAGGUUAUAAACGAACCUUCAUCAUCAGAGAAUUCAUAUUCAUAUGAAACUGAAUCAUCAUCAGAACACGUCGAAGUUACAAGUUCUGAAAAACCUGUGACCGAAGAUAGAGUAUUUACAACAACGAAAGAAUCAAGCGUAGAAUCUAUUACACAAAAGGCUACUUCAAGUAACGAGGACAAUAUUAGCGAUUCUGUAGCCAAUGAGUCUAGUCAGGAAGAUCAAACCACCGAUCGAAUGAAAGUUGUUCCGAUCGUUAAUAAUUAUAGAAAUAGGACUCGUAAACCAUACCCAGUUCGUAAUGAGGACCGUAAGACUUCGACUAGCAAAUUCAGACUACCGAAACCAACGUCAAUAAUAACGCCUACCAGGACAUUCAGUCGUCCAGAAAUCUUAUAUCCAACAAGACACACUUCGAUACGUAAAAUAGUAAGACCGAUACCUUCGCGAUCAUCCCCUGAACCAGUUGUAGAUAUUGAACCAACACACAUUAUAGAAAGCUCUAAAACAUUCAUAGACGAACAUAUUAUAAAACCAACGACAGUGCUGGAAGACUCUGUAUUGCCUAGUGUAUCAUUGCUUGGCAGCAGUAGUCUAGGUGAUCGCCCAAUUUCAAGUGUAGUUACACCAAGCUUAGACGAUGUCCCAGUAAACGUUAAACCAACUCACCACGCUGGUAAUGAAGUGAAAAUAUCUGACGAAGCUGUACCGACUAAGACCGAGUUUAGGACUGCCGUGAUUACUUUGACUAAGACGCUAUCUGAGUCACCAAAGACGAUUUCAAGUAUAAAUUACGUAAACUUGACUCACACUUUGACAGUAACGCAUACUGAAACGAGUCUUGUCAGUCAAUCAGAAGGAGCUAUAACACAAACAUUAGUGCUAACAAAUACACACACUUCCACCAUAGUCGAUAUUGUGACAGAAACUCACACGCAGGUUCAGCCAACGACUAUUAUAGAGACCGUGACUAAACACAUUCCCAUUGUCCAAGUUACUCCUACAUCAGUGAAAGAAGCACCGGCUAAGACUCAAAUACCUUUGGAUGACAUUUCUAUGUCCUACGAAGAUAAUGACAAUCUCAUCAUUAAAGACAAGGAUACAACAGAAAACAUUAUUCAGAAGAUUGAGUCUGAAAGUGAAGGGGACAACGACACCUUCUUUGUAGUGAUGAAUAAGUCACAAAAUGGUGGGCAAGCGCCUCCGGUAAAUACUGAAAUUGAGCUGGGAGAUUACGAUGGAGUGACCAGAAAUGAGCAAGUUAACAGUAACGGCGUCUCGCAAGUUCUAUUUGGUGAUAUCUUUUUGGCUGGAACUCCUUAUUUGGAGACCAAAAACGUUGUUGAUACUCCAGGUGUAGCUUAUGGUAAGGAAUGUCAACCAGACUGCAAGGCGUCUCGCAAUGAGCGUUGCCAGAGAAUAGAUGGAAUUAUGAAGUGUGUAUGCAGACCAGGUUUUGCUAGAAUGUUCCCGGAUAGACCAUGUAAACCAACAUACACCUACUCAGUGAAACUGGCGCUUGGUUCCCAAGGAAAUGAGCGUCUGAAAUUCCACGAGAAUCUCUCCGACAACUCCAGCAAGCAGUACCAUGCUCUGGCUAUGGCCACCCAUGAGGGCAUCAACAGGAUGGUCAUGCAGUCAGACCUGAGGGAUGUGUACCAUGGGGUCCAUAUCACAGGGUUCCAUCCAGUGCAGAUCAAGGAAGAUGAUGGGAAGAUGUAUCAAGGCGUGAUAAACGACUUCUAUGUACAGCUUUCCGACAACGCUCACGAAAGCCGUCUGAAGGAGGUCAUCGAGAAGUACCUGCGGAACAACAACUACAGCCUGGGAGGGACCGACGUCCAUGCUGCCUCUGACCUGGUGGACAGACUGGAUGUUAGCGACUUCGACGAGUGCACCAGCGGGCAGUUCCACGACUGUUCGGAGCAUGCGCAGUGCUUCAACCUGCGCGGGACCUACACCUGCAGCUGUCUCGAAGGUUUUGCUGAUCUCAGCGUCAACACUCUGUACCCUGGGCGGAUCUGUUCUGCCGAGCCGGUGGGCUGCGAGCGCUGCAACUACCACGGCGCGUGCUACUCGCGCGACGACCGCCGCGUGCUGUGCGAGUGCUUCCAGUGGUAUGCCGGCAGCUCGUGCCAGAUCAACCUCAAGGUGGUGCUGAUCUCCCUGGUGGUAGCUGGAGCCCUGCUAUCAGUGGUGCUGGCAGCGUGUGCAGUGGUGGCGUGCAGUCGCCCGCGCAGGCAGCCGCGCUCCAUCGUCGCUUGUAUACAGAGCAUGCCGAGUCUGCACCAGGGAGCAAUGCCAUCCAAACAAAGAGCAGACAGAAGAGCCCUGAUCAGCGAGAGGCCGGAGUCUGGUGACGCGUCUAGUGUUCAGAACGCGUCUCUACCUUACAUGCCUACGAAGCAGCGAGCGUCAGGCAAGAAGUGCGUGAUGUCGGAGCCGCCCGCGCACGAGGCGCCCCCGCCCCCCGCGCCCGCCGUCAUGAUCCCGCGCGCGCGGCUGCACCCCCACCACCAAGACAGCCGAGAGAAUAUUUCAAAGAAGCUUAGCCUAGAACUGAGUAGCGAGGCGAAGCUGAUCAGCUACUUGGAGUCAGGAGCUGUCAACAAUGAUGAAGAGGUAAUGUACUCAAUAUAG